CACAUGGUUUAGCAACCGGCGCGCCGCGCGGAAGGAGCGGAGUGUGUUCGCUGUCUGUUCCCAGGAAACUACUCUUUGUAUCAUUAUGGCCUCAGAUGACAUUGCACAGCUAGCUGAUGCUCUCUCCAAGACCCAUGUCGGGGAUGGAGAGUUGAGCUAUAAAGGCCUGGGACUGAAGCUGGACAACGCGGAAUCAGUGGAGGAGUUGGUCCGUGAGAUAGAGCAGUACCAGGGUCUGAGAGCUUUGCGUCUGGAGGGGAACACUGUCGGCGUGGAGGCAGCCCAAGCCAUUGCCAAGGCUUUGGAGAGCAAAGACCUGCUCCAGAGAUGCUAUUGGAGCGACAUGUUUACAGGGAGGCUGCGCUCUGAAAUCCCAACAGCUCUGAGAUCCCUGGGCAGCGCAUUGAUGAGUGCUGGGGCCAGGCUGACUGAGUUAGACCUGAGUGAUAACGCCUUUGGGCCGGACGGUGUGAAGGGAAUUGAGCAGUUGCUGAAGAGCCCUUCCUGCCACACCUUGAGGGAGCUCAGGCUCAACAACUGUGGCAUGGGGAUCGGUGGAGGAAAGAUCUUGGCCGAAGCUCUGAUUGAGUGUCACAGACAGUCAUCAGCCCACGGAGCUCCACUCAGACUGAGAGUGUUCAUCGCAGGGAGGAACCGCCUGGAAAAUGAAGGAGCCAGUGCCCUCGCCAAGGCCUUUCAGUUGAUCGGCAGCCUGGAGGAAGUCCACAUGCCCCAGAAUGGUAUCAACCAUAAAGGUGUGAUGGCGUUAGCUUCAGCCAUGCGACACAACCCAGAGCUCCGCGUCCUCAACUUCAAUGACAACACUUUCACCAAGAAGGGAACACUGGCCAUGGCACAGGCUCUGAAGCAUCUGAGAAACGUCCAGGUGAUCAACUUUGGCGACUGUCUGGUCCGUUCUGAAGGAGCCAUCGCCCUCGCUGCAGUCUUGAGAGAGGGACUGCCGAUCCUCAAGGAGCUGAAUCUGUCGUUCGGUGAGAUCACGGAGGCAGCUGCGCUAGUGGUGGCUCAGGCUGUCAUGGACAAACCUCACAUGGAGAAAGUGGAUCUGAACGGUAACUGUCUGGGAGAGGAAGGCUGUGAGGCUUUGAGAGAUGCUAUGGAGAGCAUGGAUAAAGGAGACGUGCUGGCAUCACUCAGUGAUGAUGAGGGAGAACCUGAAGAUGAGGAAGACGACGAUGACAAUGAAAACGACGACGACGAAGGCGAUGAUGAUGAUGAUGUGAGUGACGACUGUAAUGAAGACAAUGAAGAGGAUGGAGACAUUGUGAAGGAAAAUGGAGUGACAAGAAAAGAAGACAGUCCUGUGAAACUUCAGAGCCCAGCAGAGAUCAUGUCUUUCCUCAGCUGCCCCUCUGUUGAGAAGCUUCUUCAGCUGGGAGAGAUGAGGACACACCUGUCGCAACAGGUUGAUGCGUCUGACCCACACAAGGCGGCUGAAGUCCUUCUGAAAAUUGCUUCCUUGUACAGUGAGGAACCAGAGACCAAGACAGCAGUUCUAGAAACUAUUGAUGAUGUGUUCAAAAAGCUCCUCUCUGGUCCCGCCCUCCAGUCAUACUGCUUCCUCUCCACGCUGCUGGUCAUGAUGGGAGUCCUCAAGGGAGAGGGGAAGAUGAAGAAGGUGUUAUUGGUCCCAGGCCAGCUGCUGUGUUUGGAACACGCUGUCCAGCAGGACUACUUCCCCCAGCAUCAUGCCUCGCUGCUUCACACCUUCAUGUCCAAGAAUAGUGAAGCUUUCAAGUCCUGCGGUGCUGCCAGAGAGAGGCUGAGCUCUGCUCUGGAGAUGAGGUGCCACGACUAACGCUGAUCCCACCGAUCAGCCACUGCCAGUACCAACACUGGGACACACACACACACACACACACACACACACACACACACACACACACACACUGCACUGACAUUCAGUUUUUCAUCAACAAAACCAACAGGGAUGUUUUACACUUGAACAAGGGACUCAGACAACCACUGAUCUCUGCUCCUGAUUUGUAUAUUUUAUGAAGGCAUAACAGAGACUAUCCAUAAUCACUUAAUCUUUAUUUUUCUACUUAUGCUUGUGACUUAUAUUUUUAUAGAAAAUGUAGAUACAAAUAAUAAAAAUAUAGAACUACACAUCUAAUAACCAAGUGGUUAAUGUGUAAAAAAUGAACUGUGAGUGGAGCUAACAUUAGACAAUGUCAGUCUGGCACUUUUCCCAACGUAUUGCUUUGUAUUUAGUUACAGUUUAAAAAUUCACGGCUAAACAACAAAACAGUGCAUCUAUUUCAACAGGGUCCUUACACAGCGGUGUAAAUGUCUUAACAGAUUAAAGUUAUUUCCAGGUCUUAAUAAAUUCAGAAACUGUACAGAAACCUUUGACAACAGAUAUUGUCACAGUUCUGAUAAACACAAAUUCACAUCUGCUGGUUUUUAACCUGUUUUAAACCUGUAUCUCAAAUGAACUGGUGUUUGUUACAUUGAGAAAGUGGCUUUGGUUUGCUGAGAGAUGUUUAGGUUCAAGACAACCACACGUGUGAAUCAUUCUGAACAAAAAACUUACACUCUAUAUAAAUCAAAAUAAAUCAGUCGGCGAUAAAGAGCUGACCUCACUGUUCCGUUUUAGUGCUAGGCUGCUUCACAUGCUGUUUUGUUGUUAUUUUUUGACAUUGCUUAUUUGAAAAAUUCCAUGGUGAAGGGAAAAAAGAAAAACUUUGAGGACAGUCUGUCCAAUCACAAUCACCAUACUGCUGCUCAUGCGGUCCAGUCAAGUCAGAGCACUGUGUGCAUCAGACUGUGAUCAGGAAUGGGCUGCACCACACACUCGCCCAUGAACCUGAAUACACAGCAUGUGUGUGUAUUGCUCUGCACUGAGCACAGUCAUAACACUGCAGAGCUCAGGGGACCAGAAUCACUUUUACCUGAUGUUUCUUUUCUUUUUUUUUUCCAAUCCAUAAUCUAUUGUAUGGGAAGAUAUCCUCUUCCAUGACUUUGUUGCAUUACACUGAGUUGCAGCGUGUUACCUCACUGUUACCUUCAUGUGGCCGUUGAUGUGUUGGUGAUGUGAUGGAGCUUUUAAGGGGAAAAAAAAUGAGAAUACAAUGCACUUAAAUGGCAUUUAGAUAAUAUUCUGAAUAACAUUAGACUGUGUGAGGACUGCAUUUACAUUGUCAGGGUGAUGUUUGUUUACCUGAUACGUUGUUAAUCUGAAUGCUCUGUCUUAAAUAUAACAAAUCUAACAAGCCUGA